AUGAGGCUCGUUAAACCACGGAUUCAGUCUUCGACCGCAUCUGAUGCUUCUACAACCUUGGAAAGGGAUAAGCAGACGCCUACUGAAAAGCUGUCGCCCCACGACUCGAAGGCGUCGGGGUUCCAGGACAUUAAACGACUCUUUGAGCUGGCGAAGCCGGAGACGAAGCCAAUGCUUGGUGCCCUGGGGCUGCUGUGUAUCUCCUCCGCGAUAUCCAUGUGUAUUCCGUUGGUUAUUGGUAAGUUUUUGGAUGCUGGGCUGGACUCUGGAGACAGCAUCUCGAUCUAUGGGAUGUCAUUAAGCCAGUUCUUUGGGGCAAUAACUGCUGUCUUUGUCGUUGGAGCAUUGGCCAACUCUGGCCGUGUUGUUAUAUUGAGAACCGUUGGUGAGAAGCUGGUUGCAAGGCUGAGAACGAGAACUUUGAAGGCCAGCUUGGAACAAGACGCUGCGUUUCUGGACAACAACAGGGUUGGUGAUUUGAUCUCGAGGUUGAGUUCCGAUGCCUCGAUCGUGUCGAGAUCCGUGACCCAGAACAUCAGUGACGGUAUUCGAGCUGUUCUCAGUGGUGGUGUUGGUAUCACCAUGAUGAUGCUUGUGAGCUGGAAGCUGACCAGUAUUAUGCUACUGUUGGCACCUCCAUUAGGAGCAAUGGCCUUUGUCUAUGGUCGCAGAAUUAGAAACUUGUCGAGGGACUUACAGAGGUCCAUUGGUGACUUAACAAAGGUUGCUGAGGAGCAGUUGAACGCCACCAGAACCAUCCAGGCUUAUGGAGGUGAAAGGUUGGAAGUUGGGAAAUAUGCUGAAAACGUCCGUAAUGUCUUCAAAAUUGGAUUCAAGGAAGCUGCCACCUCUGGUGUCUUCUUUGGAACAACUGGGUUCAUUGCGAACAUUGGACUCAUUGCACUUUUAGGAAUUGGUUCGUCGAUGAUCCGUGAUGGCUCAUUGACAGUGGGAGACUUGAGUUCAUUUAUGAUGUAUGCAGUCUAUACCGGUUCUUCAAUGUUUGGCCUUUCGAAUUUUUACUCGGAGCUGAUGAAAGGUGCUGGUGCAGCUGCACGUAUCUUUGAAUUGAACGAUAGAAAGCCAUCUAUCCCAUCUACAAUUGGUAUUAAGCCAACGAUCAAGGAUUUCCAGACGGACAUUGAGUUCAGAGAUGUCUCCUUCGAAUACCCAACAAGACAAAACAUCCAAAUCUUUGAUCAGUUAUCCUUCAAGAUCCAUCCAGGUGAACACGUCUGUAUAGUUGGUCCUUCAGGUGCUGGUAAAUCUACUGUGACGUCGUUGUUGCUGAGAUUCUACGACGUUUCUCAAGGUGGGAUUUACAUUAACGGCAUCAACAUUAAGGAUUUCAACUUGAGACAGUUUAGAAAACAAGUUGGUGUUGUUCAGCAAGAGCCUGCCUUGUUCAGUGGUACCGUUUUGGAGAAUAUCACCUACGGCAUAAAGGACUAUAACGACUCUGGUUUGAAGAGUGCGUUGGAUAAAGCUAACGUUGCAAACUUCAUCAACGAGUUCCCAGAUGGACUACAAACCAUUGUUGGACCUCGUGGCACACAGUUGUCUGGAGGUCAGAGACAGAGAAUUGCAUUGGCCAGAUCCCUGUUAUUGGAUCCACAGGUUUUGAUCCUUGAUGAGAGUACCAGUGCGCUUGAUUCUAAGUCUGAGAAGACCAUUGCACAUACCCUUAACCAGAGAUGCGCUGAGGGUAAGACCACCAUAUCCAUUGCCCACAGGGUGAGCACCAUCAAGCAUAGUACGCGGGUCAUUGUUCUUGGGUUGGAAGGGAAAGUUGUUGAAACUGGCUCGUUUGAUCAACUUAGAAGCAAGCCAACUAGUGCUCUGAAUGCACUCUUAGCCAAGAAUGAGGAAAACGGCUCACAAGCGGACUUGGACGUUGUUGAAGAAGAUCUGGAGACUGAAAAGGAGCUGGACCAACAAACCGAAAGAGAUUUAUCACUCAACCGUUAA